CUUAGCCUAUAACAUGGACUACAAGAACCUCGAGCAUUAUGAUGCAGACAGGGGUGCAGGAACAGUUGCGGAUCGUACAUGGCUGGAUUCUGGAUCCUUCUGGUUGAAAGUAACUCCUGUGGGAUUCAGAAACAUUUUGAAUUUCAUUAAGGAGGAAUAUGGAGACCCUCCUAUUUAUAUAACAGAGAAUGGAGUAUCAGAACGAGAGUCAAUGAAUCUGAAUGAUGUUCACCGAAUCCACUACUAUGAUAACUAUAUCAAUCAGGCCCUAAAAGCAUAUUUGCUGGAUGGAAUAGACAUCCGUGGCUACGCUGCCUGGACGCUAAUGGACAAUCUGGAAUGGGCGACGGGUUUUGAUGACAAAUUUGGCUUUUUCUAUGUAAAUCGAUCAGAUCCUUCUUUACCACGUAUUCCUAAGAAAUCUGUCUGGCACUAUGCUACAAUAAUCAACUGCAAUGGCUUCAUAAGCCCAGGAGAAAUUCCACAUGAAUGUCAGAUCCACGAACCUGAUGUUGACAUCCCCGGUACUACUCCUCCAUCUCCUCCUGGUGAGGAACUGUUGGUUAGUUUCUUAGGCUUGGAAGUGUCAGCUCCUGAUGCUACACUGGCUCUCAAUGUCCUCUUCAGUCUCUCUAUUAUUGCAGCAGUCGCUGUUGUCCUCUUGGUGUAUGGACUCGUCAAAACAUCUAAGAAACAAAAACGUCCUGUAGAGGAACACAUUGACCUUGAGAAAAAAGACAAGUUCUGAACA